UGCUCCUUGGAAACCCUAUGGGGCAGUCCUGCUCUGUCCUGUAGGGUCGUUACGAGUUGGAAUUGACUCAAUGGCAACGGGGUUGGGUUUUUGGAUACAUUAAGUAAAAUAUUAGUUAAUAGAUUAUUAGAUAACAGUUUUGUUAUAUUACCAUUUUAUGUUAAAACCAGAGGCUUUAUGGGUGAGAGUAGAACUAAAUCUUAAUUAAAAUGUAGGCCUCUUGAUAACCCAAUUUGAAAAUAGUUUGUGGCAAAAGAAAUGAAAGGGGGCAUGUCUUGUUAUAUAAAUCUAAAGUCAUUCCAAAGGUUGAUAACAUGUAGUUUCUCGGAGUGCCUGUUCUUGGUGCAUUAGCUCUUGCAGGUUGCUCAAGGAGCUGAGGAAACAAAUAACUAUAAUUCAGUAAUUAUCCAAUUUCCUUUGAAUAAAGCUCUUCUGUACUGGCAAGGAAAGUAAAUCCAGUGACACACUCUUUGCCUUUUCCCGUGUUUUUUUUUGUAUUCUGUUUGAGAAUGUGUUAUACUGUUGCCAUUUUUUUCAGACCCUGAGUACCUGUUUAGGUAAAAUGAAUCCCCUUAGCUCUGUUGAGCCUCUUCUCCCAAAGUUGAACACAACAACCGCAGAAACUCACCAGCCAAAGAAAGUCAUUUACAGGUGGAAAAGGACUUUGGGGAGUUUUCUUGAUCUCAACAAAUUAACUCCAUUAACUGGGGAGGUAGAAGAUCAAGAUAGGUUCUCUUACACUUUAAAUCCCCAGGUAAGAUGGGGAAGGCACAGGUGAGAUGUUGGGAACCUUAAGCCAUGGGGUAACUACAAAGAAGUGGUUGUUUUUGUUUUGUUUCUUUGUGUUUUCCUUUCUUCCUUGGUAGUUCUGGCUCUUUAACAUUUUCCAAGAGCCUUCCAAUCAUUUGCUUCACAGCAGUCUUAUGAAGAAUUUUUAUUGUUGUUAUGACUAAAUGAGUAGACACCAAAAAAUUGCCUAUUAGUAACAUGACACAUCUGUUACAGGCUUUGCAACGUGUAAAGCUCUUUCACCUUCCUCAUCUCAUGUGAUCCACAUGACAAAUGUAUGAGGGAGGAAGGCAGUAUCAUUAUCCUCAUUUUAAAGAUUGUUAUUUACGUAAGGUCAAGAGUCAGAAUUCUUGGCAAGGCCAGGGCUAGGACCUGUUCUUUUGACCCCACCCUCAGAAUUUUUUUUUUUUCAUAGGAUACUGUGAAACUACUGAAUACACACAUAAACUAGUAUAGUGAAAUCAACAUUUAUACCCUGAGUUUUUAUUGUCUCUUUAGUCCAGAGUUUAUGCCGCAGAAUACAGAUGAACUAGCAUGCUAAAAUGUUUGAGGUUUCCUUUAGCUGAACAAACUCAAAAUUACUUUAAUUGAAUUAUUAUUAUAUCCUAUAUACCUGGAGCCCUGGUGGUACAGUGGUUAAGAGCUCCAGCUGCUUACCCAAAGGUCGGCAGUUCAAAUCCACCAGCUGCUCCUUGAAAACCCUGUGUGGCAGCUUUGCUCUGUCCUGUAGGGUCGCGGAGAGUCGGAAUUGACUUGAUGGCAAUGGGGUUUUUUUUUUCCCCCCCCUAAUAUGCCUGUUAGUACCUUCUGCUAGUUUCAUCCUGUUUUGCAGUUAGAAUUGAUUUAAUUGCUUGAUAAGUUGUUUUAUUUGUUAAAUUAAAGGUUUAUUUUUAUAUUUCAUGUUUAGUAUCUGGAGUAGAGCAGAAAAUUUAUUAUGCCUGUGUUCCCUUGGGACUCAUUGGAAAUUGUACACUGACAUCUUCUGGGAUUUAGUCUGAAUGAAGUGUCAGAGAAACAGUCCCUGCCUGUAGCUGCUUAUCAGGCUAUGUAGGGUGGAAGCCUUGGGAGUGUGCAGACUGGUGCCUAAAAUGGAAGUAGAUAUUAAUGGAGAGUCCAGAAGUACCCUGGCCACCCUGCCAUUACCCGUGGGCGAGGCCAACUCCCCGGGAAAGGCAGAGGCAGAGAAGCCCCGCUGCUCCAGCACACCAUGCUCACCGAUGCGUCGGACUGUGUCAGGCUACCAGAUCCUCCACAUGGACUCUAACUAUUUGGUUGGCUUCACAACUGGUGAGGAACUCCUGAAGUUAGCCCAGAAGUGCACUGGAGGUGAAGAGAGUAAGGGAGAAGCCAUGCCUUCCUUGCGUUCCAAACAGCUAGAUGCAGGACUCGCGCGUUCCUCUCGUUUGUAUAAAACCAGAAGUAGGUACUACCAGCCAUAUGAGAUUCCAGCUGUUAAUGGCAGGAGGCGAAGGCGGAUGCCCAGCUCAGGAGACAAGUGCACUAAAUCUUUACCUUACGAACCUUAUAAAGCCCUCCAUGGGCCUCUGCCUCUUUGUCUUCUUAAAGGUAAGAGGGCACACUCCAAAUCCCUGGACUACCUCAAUCUAGAUAAAAUGAACAUCAAGGAGCCAGCUGACACAGAAGUGCUACAGUACCAGCUUCAACACCUAACCCUCAGAGGGGACCGUGUGUUUGCUAGGAAUAAUACAUGAAUAACUUGCAGAGAGUUUAAACCAGUUUAGGUUAGCCUACACUUGGCUAGAAAAAUCCACUGCUGUACUCUGUACAUGACUCUUCACAUUAUAGAUGGUUAUAUCAGCUAAGUGUUCCUGGAACAUAAAAAUUGUCUGAAUCAAAUUUUGAAUACAGGAAUGAAAACACAGAUACUUGGGAAAAUCAUUCUAGACCACGCAACUGCAAAGAAAACAGAAUGUUGACCAUUGGUUUGUAUAGCUCUUUAGCUAGGAAAAAAGGCUUUGGUACAGUAAUACCAUCUUUACGGUUUUGACACUCAGAUUGGGAAUGUUAACUGCUUGAUUGUUACUGACUUGGUAUGAUUCAUUAGAAAUUUAUAUCUUAAGUACUCGAGUACUACUUUAAUCUCUGUAUUUUACUAUAAAAUGUAUGUAAUGAUUUGUUUAAUGAAAUUGAGAACUUGAACAUUGCUGAAUUGGACCACUUUUUAUUUUUAAAUAUUGAGUUUAAAUAUUUUAUAACUGGUUUUGCACUGAAAAAAUAAUCAACCUUUCAGAUUGACAAGAGAAUAAUCUUUCUUCACUUGCCUCAGUAAUAUUAUUGAGCAAUGAAUUUUUUUAUUUCCGCAUGGAAAGUUAUGGAUCUUCUCUAUGGUUGUAAAAUAUUUCUUUAUAGUGUUAUUAAAGUGUAUCUUAAUAAAAUUAAAUUUGGGAUACAAAGUAUUUAUUUUACAAUGAGUGGGGGGAAGCUUUUCCAGAAAGUUUCCAAUAUGAAGUUUUCAUAAGUUGAAAAAGUUUCCUUAGUGCUUAUUUUCUAAUUUAAAAUUCAUCUGGAACUUUAAUAUGGAAAGGAUUCUUUUAAUUGUGGAUUAUAGGCAUAAUACUGUUUGCAUCUGAAUGUUCUGUAAGUGAAUGGAACGUUAAUAGAUGAACUUAUGACUUCUAUCGAAUGCUUAAACUAAGUAUGAAAUGAUACCAUUCAGCAUGACAUUGGGUCAUUCCAGUUUUAGUUCUGUGCAGCACAAACACCCAUUGAAAUUCCAGUUUCUAGGAUUAGUGUAGGAGCCUAAAGUGCUCCUGCAGUUUUAAUGGGUUAAUCCUGGAUUACU